AUGGAUACCACUUGUCGGCCUGAUAUUGGCAACCUCCAAGAUUUAGUAUGGGACCCUCGAAUUCGUGGAUCCGACAGGUUUCAUCUCAUGCCCAUUCUAACUCCUGCUUUUCCUGAACAAAAUUCCACAUUCAAUGUCACGAAUUCAACGAGGAGCAUAAUGAUUAGCGAAAUGAAAGAAGGACUUGAAAUAAUGAAGGACAUUUACGAAGGUCGAGCAGAAUGGUCAAAACUAUUCGAGGAAGUGAAUUUCUUCACAAGAUAUAAGCACUUCAUUUCUCUGACUUGUGCAGCAAGAACAGAAGAGGAUCACUUGAUCUUUUGCGGUUUCGUGGAAUCAAAAAUCCGACAUUUAAUUGGUGCCCUUGAAAGGAAUCAAAAGGCAUUUCAUUUAGCUCAUAUUAAUCCUCGGCAGUACAAGCCACUACCUACUGCUGUUCCUUCAUUCGGUCCUGGAUAUGAGUAA